AUGAAUUUCCUUGUUUACCCUUUACAUGUUCCUAUUCCUGAAAAUGAUGCUCCAAAUGAGGUGGAGCAAAUGCCUAAUAUUAAUCAAUCCGAAUCACCUCCUGAAGAGAAAUUGAAUGAUAUAAUUAUUAAAAAUCAAGCUGAGAUUAUUCCUAAUGAGGUGGAGCAUGAUAUGCAGGAAAUAGAUAACAUGCAUGAUUUGAAUGAUUAUCAACUCACUAGGGAUAGAAAUAAAAGAACCAUUAGGAAACCUGAAAGAUAUAGAGAUUGCAAUUUGAUUGAUUGUAAUAUGUCUGAGUUUGCCUUUAAUGUGUUUGAAUCCCUUGAGUGCAAUGAACCUAAGACUUAUAGAGAAGCAUUAAGGUCAAAAUAUUCUGAAGAAUGGAUUAGUGCUAUGAAGAGUGAGAUGAAAUCCCUAAGAAUUAAUCAAAUAUGGAAACUUGUUCCUAAACCUGCUAGUUGUUCUGUAGUGGACUGUAAGUGA